AUGGUACUCGCCCAGUAUCUGAAGAAGGUCGUGGCCUGGAUUGCUCCUCCUCCACAAAAAUCCGAAGAUGGACGUGAUCAAUGGCCCUCUCGGGCGGCUUUCCUUUUGGCCGCCAUGGGAGGCUGCGCCGGUCAGGGAAAUCUGCUGCGAUACCCGUCGGUGGUCUACAAUAACUAUGGGCUGCAAUGGUUUAUCCCCUACCUAUUAGCUGUGUUCGCCAUUGCCAUUCCGGCCCUUAUUCUCGAGAUUGCGAUUGGACAAGCCUAUCGUGGCGGGACGAUGAUCGCGUUCAAUAAUAUCAACCAUCGACUGAAAGGCGUUGGCAUUGGCCCGAUUUUGGUCAGUUUUGUCGUCGUGCAAUACUUUACGGUCAAUUUGGCGUGGAUCAUGAACUAUUUCCGCAACUCCUUCCGGAGCCCAUUGCCAUGGGAGGGCAGAAUCGAGGAAUUCUAUAUGGGCGAUGUCGUCGCCAAUGUCGAUCCAGCCGUGGGCAAUCUCACUGCUGGCAAUGGUGCCGUUGCCCACUAUACCGUGUACCCCGGCAUUGCCCUCAUCGGUGAGACGGUCGGCUGGAGCGCAUUUAUUUGGUUUCUCAUAUGGAUCUCCAUCUUCCGUGGAGUGGGCCUGACGGGUCGCGUGGUCUACUGGACGAUGGGUCUGCCGAUUGUCACCACCAUUAUUAUCGUCGGUCGCUCGUGUUCACUGGAAAAUGCGGGCGAGGGUAUCCGACUCUUAUGGGCGACAUGGAGAAGCGAUCAACUAGCCUCGGGCACUGUCUGGCAAACCGCCGUCGGACAGGUCUUUUUUUCCACCGGCAUUGGUUUCGGCUAUUUCACUUCCUAUGCCUCCUAUAAUUCCAAACACUCCAAUGCUGUCAUGGACGCAUUUCUCAUCUGCGGAAGUAACAUCCUAUUCGAAAAUUUUGCUGCCUUUGCCGUGUUUGGUGUUAUAGGCUACCUCCGACGUUGGCCACAAGAUGGCGAGAGAUUGGGUGCAUUCGUGGUCGGUUUCCUGACGCUCCCCGAGGCUGUUCUUCACAUGCCUGGUGCGAAUUGGUGGGCUAUCCUUUUAUUCUUUACCCUGGUGGUUCUCGGAUUUAGUUCGGCCUUUGUGAUGCUCGACGCGGUGGCUACGUUAGCCGUAGAUUCGGGCAUGAAAAUGUCUCGGCCAAUGAUUGUGACUAGCCUCACAAUAAUCUCAUUCCUUAUGAGUUUGCCAUACUGCACCCAGUUUGGAUUCUACCUGCUGGAUGGAAUCGACCGAUGGAUUAACAACGUGGCAUUGAUCUUUGUUGUGUGGUCGGAGCUUGUCGGUGCAACCACGGUUUAUCGCUGGCACGACGUGGUGAGCCAGACAGGGCUGCCUGCUUUUGUUGUGUAUAAUUUCGGAUACUUUGGUGGCCAGAUUGUCGGAGUUGCCGUCGCACACGGUACCUCGAAUCCAUCAGCUGGUGCCGGCGCCGGGUUUGGGUUGUAUAUCGUCUGUUCAAUUCUUUCCGUCCUCAUGGCCACGACCCCGGCUACCAAAGCCGCCGCAUUCUACUCGGGUAAUCAAUUGAGACGCGACCUGAACGGUGUCGUUGGAGGUAAUGGAAACUGGAACAUUCCUCGUUUCUGGCCCAUCCUACUCCGGUACGUCAGCGCGCCUAUUCUGGCCAUUGUGUUCAGCUUCGCGUAUCCUGAAUUCUAUACCUUGCGAUACGACCCGAUGAUGAUCGCCGGGUUUAUUUUGGCGCACUUCUGUCUGCUCUUGACUCUGCUCGGUGUGGUAUUUCCGCGAUACUACGAUGUCUUUAUCCCACCGCACCGGAGGGCCGAGGGCACCGAAACGAUGACCGCCAAUCAGCCUAAGGAACACGACUUUGUGCCAGAUGUCGGGGUGUUUGACUUUGAAUCUGGCAUGCCAGAGUCGAUUUCGGGCCGGAAGAGUUCUGAUAAGAUAGAUACUGUACAUUCGGCUGUGCCGAAGCAAUAG